UGCAACAAAUGCAUGCCGUGUUUGAAAUUAUUUAAUAUCUUUAUUUUAAAUUAAACAAUUCUUAAAAAUUGCUAAUUCUCCGAUCAAAAUACCUUCAGCCCAACUAAUCGCAUCAUGACAUCGCCCGGAAUAUUUUCUAUACGAAUUGUUACCGUCGAUUAUUAUAUGGAAAAACCAAAACCAGGACUGGAUCUUUGUUUUUCUGAGUUUCGUGCCAAGGAAAUAAAGAAGGUUCCCGUGAUUCGAAUAUUUGGUUCAACUGCUGAAGGAGUAAAGACGUGCAUGCAUGUUCAUAGCAUAUUUCCAUAUCUCUACAUCCCCUUCGAUAGGAAAACGUUUGAUACGCUAGACAAGUCAGGCUACUUGAUAGCAUCAAGUCUUGACAGAGCCAUUAAUAUUUCCUUAGGCCAAAGCAAUUCAGGAAGCCAACAUGUUUUAAAAAUUCAGUUGGUGAAAGGAAUUCCAUUCUAUGGAUACCAUCCAAAGGAGCAUCAGUAUCUGAAAAUAUAUAUGCUUAAUCCUCGGUUCGUCAGACGUGCCGCGAAUUUAUUACAAAAUGGAGCAAUAAUGGGCAAAACAUUCCAUACCCACGAGUCACAUGUCCCAUACAUUUUACAAUUCUUUAUCGACUAUAAUCUUUAUGGAAUGAGUUUCCUGCAUGUCCCUAAAGAAGUCCUAAAAUUUCGCCGUAAUGACGAACAAGAAAAUAUUCCAUACCAAAUUCCAAAAGCUCAGAUUUUGGACUCCAGUAUCGCUGCUAAGCAAUCGACGUCAAAAUUAGAAGUAGACAUUAGUUGUUGCUUUAUAUUGAACCGUUUUCAGCUAGAAAAUAAAACCAGUACACAUGCAAAUCCUGGAAUUGAAUCAAUUUGGCAAGAUGAGAAAGUUCGUCGGCAAAAUCUUAGUAAAGAUUUAAAAACAAUUCCUCCAUUAGCUAUUCCUCCAAGUCAGGAACGUCCAGAUGUUAAGCCCACAAACAGUGAGGAUUUUUAUAGAGUUGCGUUACUCAGUAAGCUACAGCAGUUAGAGAAUCCUGCUGAUGAAACCAUGAAUGAGACAAUUGAAACUAUCAAAUUUGUGACAACAGAAAAGAAAAAAACUUUCAAUCUCUCAAAAUUGCUCAUCAAUGCUGUGUACCCAGAAGAAUGUACUCAAGAUGAUUUGUUGACAAAUGCAUCAGUCAUAGACAACCAUUUCCCAAGUGGAUCUCUUUUGGAUAGCUCAAAUCGAUUUUCUAAAUCUCCUUCAACACAAGAAUCAGACAACAGCUUCAUGGACGAAACUAUUGUUGACGAAGAUUUGAUACGAUGUCUCAGCCAGCCGGACUAUGCGAAUAAAACUUUGCGUGAAGAGGAUAUGGAGUUAUUAGACGUAAUGCAAGAGUUAGAAGACAGACAAGAUGAAAACGACAUAGACUUAGACAGCACAUUGGCUCCACUUUCACAAAAUAUCAAAUUUAAUAACUCACAACAUGCAAUUCACCAAAAACUAUCGGCCAACGACUCGAGUGAAGAUGAAUCUGAUAAUGAAUGUUUAAAUGAUUUCACCAUGGUUAUGGACGAUAUCGAUGAGCUUUUGAUACAAUUAAGUCAGCCCUCAUUACCAGAUAUUGCACAAGUCGAUAGAACUGAUGAUUUAUUAAGAACUCCGACCAAAAAAUUAAGAAGUAAGCUUUCAAACACACCGCUUCAUACCACACCAAAACGAUCAAUUAAAACUGAUUCACCAAGAACACCCAAAAGCACAGCUAAAAAGUAUGAGCCUUUACCACUUUUGAUAAAGUCGCGAUCUGUAAAAAAAAAUCUUUCAAGCACAACUGAGCCUAUAGAAGAGGAGCCUCAUACACAUUUAAUAAAAUCAGUAAAAAGCAAUAGGAAAAAGCAACAUGUGGACUUGGAUAAAACGCAUAUAACCUGUGAACUGCGACCUUAUCGUAACCGAAACGAAGCUAAACUAAAAACCUAUUAUCCGCAAAAUCUAGAUUUUGAACCUAUAGAAAAUAAUUCUAAUCAAGUCGAUACCAAUAAGCCUACGAAUUGCAAUAUUAAAAAAGACGAAGAAGAGUUCCACUUAAAUUUGUCCAACUUAAAUCCCGUUGUCAAUGUUAAAAGGUUGUCCAUGGAAAAAAAUCCUAACAACAUUUCUCGACACCAACAAAAUAAUACAAAGAAAAGUGUGCUCACUAAUGAUAUUGGUGGGCCAUGUAUGUUAAAUUCUCUUGAUAAUAGUCACAAUCAAAGCGUAGAAUGUUCUCCAGUUGAAAUUUCUCAUUCGCCAGUAGAAGUUAGGAAAUUGCGAAGAUUAAGUUCAAAACAUAAGGUAAGGAUUUUGCAUGAAAAUUCAUCCGAAAGCCCUUCAAGUGGCGAUCCAUUAACUCUCAGAACCAGAUCAAAAUCAAACGUCAGCGUAUGUCCAUUGAAUUCUCUCGACAAAGAUGAACAAUUCUCAACACCAUUGAGAGAGAAACGAAAUGAAUUUAAAGAUCACAAUCUCGAUAACAAAAAUAUAGUAACAGACACAAUUUCCGAGCCAAGGUCAAUUUCAAAAAGGAGAAAACGAUUGGCUCUUAAAUUAAAAGGAGAAUUAAAAAAGACAACAUUUUAUAAAAGAGAAAAAGAGUCCCUGAAAAAUAGUUCAAUCAGUAACACUGAGGAUCAUGGUAUGAGCGUUGAUGAUUCAAAUAAAUGUCCUGUGAAAUGCAAAAAGCCUAUUCAAUCAAUAACAAAAGAGCUUCGAGUACUCCUCAAAAGAUUUCCAAUUGAAAGCAAAACGAGUACGCAAACAAAAAGAAUAUCAACUCCAACAGAAAAGCCAAAGAUUUCAAGGGUGUUAAGAAAUUCAGAAAUCAAGAGUUCUCCAAGACCUUCAAAAGCUUGUCAUGACGAAUCAUUUAAGGAUACAGAAAAUGACAAUGCGAUGGAAAGUUUUUGUGAACAGUCUUUUGUUUUAGACAAAACUAUUUGUAGUGAUUUAACUGAUGUUCAAACAUUGUCCAAUACUGAAAUCGUUGUAAUCAAGCCGAAAAUUCAGGCAGAAACUUACAAAGAAGUUAAAGACAACUAUGCACUUCACAAUAUUCCUGACAUGGUACACAAAACUCCAUUUUACAGUGAUUAUCUUGAUGCACCAAGCAAAAAAGAAGUCGGUCAUACACUUCUUUGUAUUCCUGUCCUUUCACUCAACUACUUGGAAGACUUCGAAAGUCCAAUAGCUAACCUUGAAAGUUUCACAAAAUAUAGAAAGAAAAUUGUCCAAACCAUGGACAUUCAGCUACGAAAUGAAACUUGCAUAAAGGAAUAUUUUUCUAAAGAUGAAAUCAUCACUGCAAUUCCAACUAAACUCCCGCCCAGCAAGCAAGAUGCUAAAAUAUGGCUAAAGGCUAAAGAACUUUUAAACAAAAAGAAUAUUGAUGCAGAGGAAAAUAUAAUUCUAGAAAACAGCCCAAUAGAAAUUCAUCGUCAAAAAGUUUCGAUAUUGGUGAAUACGGAAAAUGAUGGAGCCUUAGAAGAUGCGGAUAGCUCAAUAUGUAGUCUUUCAUUAACACCAUUAACUCCUCCUAUUAAAACAGAUCAAACACACAAACUAGAAGAUUCAUCAAAUAAAAUUGUCCUAACUGAUAUCGACGAUAAAGGGUCAGAGAUUAAAAGAUCUGAAGAUAGCGAUCAAAAGAAUACGCAAUUUAAUAGAGCUGAUUCAAGUCAAGAAAAGGCUCAAGCGGAGUUAGAAAAGUUAUCUUUUCUCAACAAUCUCCACAACUCGCAGGGCUCAUUUGACUCGAGUUUUGGCAUAAGUCAUGCUACUUUAAAUAACACGUUUGGCUUCAAAGUAAACCUAGAAAAUCUACAACAAGCUAAAUCUGACAUUGAACACAAUCACCUCACGACGCUUUCACUAGAAGUUUUUGUCUCCACACGAGAGGAUCUACUACCAAACCCACAAUUUGAUGCAAUUUCUUGCAUAUUUUAUGCAGUUGAAAACAGUAUUCCAACAUUAGAAAAUUCAGAAGAAUUGUCAAAAACUAGUGGUCUUAUUUUAAUAUCUGAUGGCAACAGCUCGAUAAGUUCAAAUUUAAAUUACAUCGGUUCAGAUGUAAAAGUGAAAGAGGUUGCUAACGAAAUCGAAGGUUUGGCUCAGCUCAUUGAUGUGUGCAGCUACUGGGAUCCUGAUAUUUUUGUUGGCUACGAAAUUGAAAUGUCUUCUUGGGGAUAUGUAAUGGAAAGAGCGAAAUUUCUUGAUUUUAAUAUCGCACCAUUGCUCUCUAGAGUUCCAACACAAAAUGUGCGUGACUUUGUCGACGAGGAACGAGAAAAACUAACAGAUUUGGACGUUGAGACAAAACUGUGCGGAAGAAUUUUGCUAGAUGUCUGGAGGUUAAUGCGAUCAGAAAUUGCUCUUACGUCAUACACAUUUGAAAAUGUAAUGUAUCAUAUUUUGCAUCGGCGCUGCCCGCUACAUUCGUGUCGAGACCUCACAGAGUGGUUUCGGUCGCCACAAACUAGAUGGAUCGUUCUGGAGUACUUUUUCGAGAGAGUACGUGGAACGCUGGAGCUACUCGAUCAGUUGGAUUUAAUUGGACGAACAAGUGAAAUGGCAAAACUUAUUGGUAUUCAGUUCUAUGAGGUUCUUUCUCGUGGGUCACAGUUUAGAGUGGAGAGUAUGAUGUUGAGGAUUGCAAAACCAAAGAAUUUAGUUCCACUUUCACCUAGUGUCCAGCAGCGGGCUCAUAUGCGUGCCCCAGAAUAUUUGCCACUAAUAUUAGAGCCUCAAUCGAGAUUCUAUCCUGACCCAAUCAUAGUCUUAGACUUUCAAAGUCUCUACCCUAGUAUGAUUAUGGCUUAUAACUAUUGCUUUUCUACAUGUCUUGGCAGAGUCGAAAAUCUUGGACAAUCAGUACCAUUUGAAUUCGGUGCUUCUCAACUGCGUGUAUCACCGAAAUUGCUAGGACAGCUUUUGAAGAGGGAUAUGGUAACGAUAUCACCUUGUGGAAUUGUGUUCAUAAAAAAAGAUAUUCGAGAAGGUGUUUUACCUAGGAUGUUAAAAGAAAUUCUAGACACCCGUCAAAUGGUCAAACAGUCCAUGAAACUACACAAAAACAAUACGGCACUUCAGAGGAUCCUUCAUUCUCGACAACUGGGCUUAAAAUUAAUUGCGAACGUUACAUAUGGCUAUACAGCGGCCAAUUUCAGUGGACGCAUGCCAUGUGUUGAAGUGGGAGAUAGUGUUGUGGCAAAGGGCCGGGAAACACUUGAGCGCGCGAUUAAAUUGGUAGAAGCUAAUGAAGAAUGGAAUGUUAAAGUCGUUUAUGGCGAUACAGACUCUAUGUUUGUGCUUGUACCUGGUAGGAGUAAAACAGAAGCUUUUAAAAUAGGCUCUGAGAUCGCUGACCUAGUCACAAAAAAUAAUCCACAGCCGGUGAAGCUGAAACUGGAAAAAGUGUAUCAACCCUGUAUCUUACAGACAAAAAAACGUUACGUCGGCUAUAUGUACGAAUCCCCAGAACAGAAAGAACCAAUUUUUGAGGCAAAAGGAAUCGAAACUGUUCGCAGAGAUGGUUGUCCGGCUGCAGUUAAAAUGCUGGAGAAAACACUUAGAAUUCUAUUUGAAACAGCAGAUGUGAGCCAAGUUAAAAAAUACAUUUGUCGUCAAUUUACGAAGCUUCUGUCGGGAAAGGCUAACAUCCAAGACCUUUUAUUUGCAAAGGAAUUUCGAGGUUUAAAGGGUUACAAGCCAACAGCUUGUGUGCCUGCUCUUGAACUGACAAGAAAAUGGAUGCAAUUGGAUCCCCGUAAAAUACCGCGAUCUGGAGAACGGGUCCAAUUUAUUGUAACAAAUGGGCCACCUGGUGUACCACUUAUUAAGCUUGUGCGCAGUCCUCACGACGUGCUAGCGGAUGAAGGAUUAAAAGUCAAUGCAAUUUACUACAUAACGAAAGCGAUAAUUCCUCCACUCAACCGCUGUCUUUUGCUAAUUGGAGCCGAUGUAAACGAAUGGUUUGCAAGUUUACCAAGAAAAAUUCUGUUUAGCACUGCAAUUGCUUCAGCCAACGAAGUUGUUUCAUCAUCCAAUAAUGGAAUAAAGAAAAGUACAAUAUCCCAAUAUUUCUCCUCGACAAAAUGUAUUGUAGAUUGCGGUCGUCAAACAAAGGAAACAAUUUGUUCAUUUUGCUCCACGGAUGUUACAAACAGUUUGGUUACCUUAGAAGAUAAGAUUUCAAAACUGGAAAGAGCUUUCUUCUUAACACAAUUUAUUUGCCAAUCAUGCUGUGGUCGUCCAUAUUCCAUCACUUGUACAUCGUUCGACUGUCCUGUUUUGUAUGUGCUGGAGAUGAGGAAGCGUGAAUUGAGUAACAUCCAUCAAAUGCGAAACAUUAUUAAUGAUUGGUUAUAAUUUAUUUAUUUUUUUAUAUUUAUUAAAAUAUGUUUUUGUAAAUAAAAUAUUUUGUUUGUCUCUCUAA